AUGAUGCCACAAGGGAGGGUGGUGAAUUCUCGAAGGAGCAAACAAGAGAUCAAUGGAAACCGGAACAUCAACCGUAGUAAGGGUGGUAUGGUUGUGAACCAAGGUGGACGUACUGCAGUAAACAUUGACCCGAGGGGAUGUUAUAUGUGCGGCCAGGUCGGACAUUUUUCCCGAUCCUGCCCGACAAUUGUGGAAACCAAGUCUCCCAAACGUGCGUUAGUCAAAUGUUUCUUUUGCGGUGAGAUAGGCCAUUACGCGACCUCAUGUCCUAUGAAUCCAAACAAGCCAAACGCCCAACCUCCCAAUCGAGCUUCGCUUGCGGUGACCGUUAAGGAACCCUUGAUGAAGAAGCAAGAAACCUCGGCUAAAGUGUAUACCUUAGGAAUAGAGCCAGCCAAACCUUCAGGAUCUCAGAAAGGUCCUAUAACAGGAACAUUACUGGUGGGUGGUAACCCCACGCAUGUAUUGUUCGACUUUGGGGCGACCAACAGUUUUGUGACAACUGAGGUGAUCGACCAGUUUGAGAAAGGGUUUGAGGAAGAGGAAGUUAGUGUUAUUGUUCACACUGCUGGUAACCAACCACCUUUGGAGACCUAG